UGCCAACGUUACAAACACAUAGACCUGGUGGCUGACCGAAUCAUAUAAUUUCCUAAGUUCGCUGAUAGUUGGUCACACUGUGGACUGUGUGAUCACAAACUUGACGUGACAGCAGUUGUUAUGGCAGUAUGUUUAUCAAGCGUUAAAGGCAGUAAUUAUAUUGGUGUUACCUUUUUGUACACCAUUAUUUUUACACAAUGGAAGGUGGUGGGAAAGUAGCCGUAGAAGAAUAUGUUGAAAAUUUCUUAGCCGAGAAUUCUGCAUUAAGGAGAAAGCUGCAGAGUAAGGCUGAAGCAUUGUUAAUUCUUAGCAAGGAAUUAGACCAAUGCCGAACAGAGAGAGACCAGUUUAAGUUGAUGGCAGAGCAGCUUCAAGAUCGAUAUUCUGCUCUCAAGAAAAAAUCUCAUGAGAUGGGUUUGAGUAAGCUGUCUUUAUAUUAUGAUGGAAUUGAUUCAUAUGGUGCUAAUGCUCCAAGCAUACUACAGGUACUAGGGGAGACCAAAGAACAAAAUAAAGCACUCAAAAUGGAAGCAGAAGAUCUGAAACAAAAACUUAGAGAUGCUCAAGGUGAUAUAAAGGUACUCAGAGAGCACUUAAAUCAGCAGCGUAAUGCUCCGAUUGUCAGAGAUAAUGAAGCAUUUCCUUCCCACCAGAGGGAAGAAUUAGUUCAGCAGUUGGAGACACUGAAUCAAAGGUGCACACAGAUGGCUCUUGAUCUUCAGGCUGUUCUGGAUGAAAAGGAGGAUUUAGUGACAGAACGAGAUGCAUACAAGUGUAAAGUUCACCGACUGAACCACGAACUCCAUGUAGUUUUGAAGGGUGACAGUAACAAGGUUAUGGACGUAGAUGCUUUGGUCAUGGAAAAUAGAUAUUUACAAGACCGACUGCAACAGUGUGAAGAAGAAAAAGAAUUGUCAAAUCAGACAGUCGUGAAGUAUAAGAGCAUGUUGGAUAAGAAACGCAAUAAGGGAGCUGUGAAACUGGGAAGUAACAGCAGCACUGGAAUGAUAAUGUCUCAUAAGCAAGUGCAACAACUUCUUGAAAAUGGCACUGCUACACAGCUACCAAAUACUGCAGCCACUGUGGCAGAUCUGAAAAGUCUCUGCCUUGCACUUCUUGAGGCGCUGGGUGACAAGACUCUGGCAUUGUCACAUCAGAAAAAAGCUAACAGGAUUCUGGCAGGGCGCAUUAAAGAACUGGAGUAUCGAUUAGAAAGGAUAGAAGGAGGACGGGUUGCAGCAUUUCCAUCCCAGAUACUUCUUGAAGGCUACAGCAGUGCAACUGUAGACCGUGAAGUGGAAUGCCUGUUCAACAAUGAUUCUAGUUCAGAAGGAGAUAGCAGUCUCAAAGAAGUUCAAGAAGAAUGUGUUGAUAGCAUGGAACCAAGUCAUCAGAUGGAACAGUGUAGCAAGAUGCCAGGUGAUACGUGUAAUCUUUCAGCUAUUGGACAUCUAUCGUUUGGCAGUGGAUGCAGAACUGGUUCAAUGGAUGAAAAUACCUCAGGGUCUUUGGAAGACUGUCUGCCUCCACAGCUCCAGCUGCUGGUACAGAAAGCUCUUGAAGACAUUAGACAACAGUCAAAAACUAGUGCAUAACUUUCUUUCAGUUUGCGCCUGCCAGUUGUAUAUGGAUUCCCAUAAGCUAUACAAGAUAUGAUUCUUCCUGCCUAAAGCCAGCAUCUGCUGAAACAGCUGUGAUUCCCUUUUUU